UAACAUGAUUUAUAUCACCCAUUGAUAGGCACGUGAUUUAAUAAAGACAUUCAAAAUUCCUUCGAAGAAAUUCAUAACUUUUAUGAUGACUUUAGAGGAACAUUACCUCAACGUUCCCUAUCAUAACAGUCUACACGCGGCUGAUGUCGUUCAGUCCGUUCACGUCCUACUCUUAUCGCCCGCUCUCGACUCGGUGUUCACUGAUUUGGAGACACUGACGGCUCUGUUCGCGGCGGCCAUCCAUGAUGUGGACCACCCGGGAGUGACAAAUCAAUAUCUAAUAAACUCGAGCUCAGAGUUGGCGCUCAUGUAUAACGACGAGUCUGUGUUGGAGAACCACUCACUGGCCGUUGCCUUCAAAGUGCUUCAACUCGAAGAGACCGAUAUAUUUGUCAAUUUGACUAAAAAGCAGAGACAGACACUUCGCAAAAUGACUAUUGAUAUGGUUUUAGCGACUGAUAUGUCGAAACACAUGAGCUUAUUAGCCGAUCUCAAGACUAUGGUUGAGACGAAGAAAGUGGCCGGAAGUGGAGUACUCCUACUCGACAACUACACCGAACGGAUACAAGUGCUUCAAAAUAUGUUACAUUGCGCUGAUCUGAGUAAUCCCACCAAACGGUUGGACAUCUAUAAGAGAUGGUGUGAAUCAGUGAUGGAAGAGUUCUUCCAACAGGGAGACAAAGAGCGCUCUCUCGGACUCGACAUCAGUCCCAUGUGUGACAGAUAUAACGCAACGAUCGAAAAAUCUCAGAUAUAA